GAGAGUACAACUGAUUUAAUAUAGUUAUAUAUGUAUUCAUUUAUUCAUUUAUUUCAUUUAAGCCCAAUAACAUCCGCGCCUAACUUAAAUGGCGACGAACCUCAAGAAAAAGCAACAGUAUAUCGCCACAUUGAAACUCAACCAUCACCAACAAAAAGUUGUGACAAAGCAACUAGCACAGGAUCCACAAAAUACGAAAUUGCAGAAACUCAAACAUUGACAUCAGAACACCGCGACAUUGAAAUCCAGACUGAAUCAGUGAAGAAAUUUUUUGGAGAAAUAUAUAAGCCAUUGAAGGGCCGUAUUUCUGUUACACCAGUUUCAACAACUGCAAAUUCAAUUCUAAAUGAAAGAUAUAACUGUUCCGCUAAAAGGCGUUUCUAUGUUACACGGUCUAACUACUCCGGAUCAGAUAGAUGGGUUGUUAAAGGAGUACGAGUAUUGAAACGAAACUUGAAAGGUUGUGUGUCACGUUAUUCUAAAAAGAAACAGUUCGAAUACUUUCAAAGAGCAUAUCGCGCUUACAUCUCUAAGCAGAAAUUGAAUGAAAUCAGAAAAUUCUACAAGGAGCCAGUAUUAGCGGUGGCGCCUAUGUUAAAGCAUUUGCAUUAAAAAGAGGACAUAAAAAGAGAAUAUGCAAGUUUAAAUAUUUAACAUAAUUAAAAUCAUUUAACUGUCUGUGUAUAUAAUAAGAUGUAAUAAGAUGUAAUAAGAUGUAGAUCAUUAUACAACUAUAUCAUAUGGUAUAAAUUAUUUUCAAUUUAUUUGUAUAAUGUCUAAAAAUCUUUCUAAUAUUUAAAUAUUAAAUUAAAUGUAAUCUUAAACAUUGUGUAGCAUAGAAGUUUUUUACUUAAGUAUGGCAAUUUAAAAUGUUUUUGUUUUCUUUUUUUAUAUAAAUUGAAGUUGUAAAAUGAAUUACACGUUUCGGAUGUUCCUUCAGAGUUGAAGAUAGUUUGCUUCCUAGUCCAAACCUCCCGUAGAACGACGGGAGGUGGGAGCGGGCAGGGUUUCAACCCGGGACCAUCGAUAAAUCCAAACGACAGUCCUGUGCGCAAACCGUACGACCAGGCCACCAAGUUAGUCUACCUGUCCUACGAUUAAGAAGAUGAUUCAAAAGAAAUGUAUUUUACAAGGCAACGCAAUUCAAUCUGUGGUUUUCGUAUUUUUCACAUGCGUCAAAGACAGAACGAUUGUUUGCUAGGCAUCAAGUAAAUUCCUUCAAAUUCUAUUCCCUCCUGUCUUGGGCUUUAUUUUAAUCUUAGAUUAAUACAGAAAAGUUGAAAAAAAACAUUCUUUGCUAGAGGCUCAAUUUUGUAGUAUAUUUUUUAUAGCACAUUUUUUGUAACAAAAUUUAUCAGCACAUUUUUAUAGCACAUUUUUGUAGCACAUUUUUGUAGCAAAUUAUUCCACGACAGGAAAACUGCGAAAAAUGCCAAUAGCAUUCAACAAGCGUCUAUCUAUAGAUGUGGAAGAGACACGCUAUUUUAUAGCCUGCUACUCAAGGUCUAUCAUGUUUGGCGGAGAUCAUUCACGGCUAUCUGCUUAACUCAGUUUAGUGAUAAUUUCUUUACGAGAUGAAUGGAUCAUACAUUCUCUUCGCUUCUUUUUUUUAUUCUAAUUUUUCUAGUUUUAUAGCUAGAGCAAACGGAACUACAACAUAAGUAUAAUUGUUGAUACGAGCUGUAGCUCAUGCUAAUAGGGAACUGGUAGCGAGUACUCAUAGGCAAAUUGAAGCUCUGGGACGAUCAUCUUUUUAGCUUAAUGUGUGUGUGUGUUUACAUUUAUAAUAUGAUUUUUUAAAAAGUAUUUUUAUUUCUCUGAAAAUGUUUUUAAUGUUUUUAUAAUCAAUUAAAUUAAUGUGUAUCUAACUUGCGUUUUAAAAUUUAUUUAAAUACAUUUUUAUUUGCCUGAACUGUAUCUUCCAAGUAGUUUGAGUCUUUCAGAAAGACUUAAUGUGUCAUGCUAAAUAAAUAAAGUGAAAUAUUAUAUUCUAAGCCUCGAAAUCUACAUGUAUGAUUCACCAAGAAGUUUUUAAAUAAAUUCUCAGCCACAGGACAGUUCAAUCUAUUUCAUCAUAGAGACAGCUGUUAUUGUUUAUACUAGUUUGAAAGAAAAAAAAAUAUUUUAUAUAAUUGGUAAUAUAUGUUCUUUGUUAUGUAUAUGGAACACAUUUCUUUUUUUUUUUAAUAUUUAUUUAAAGCUACUGAUUAUAUUAGUGUCAUGUGCUUUCAAGAUUUGUUACAUUGCACUAUACACAUACAUUGGGUCUUUGUCUUUCAUAAAACUUGAAAAGUGUCUGAAAAUAUUUUUUCUUUGUAAUUCAAGUAUACAAAAAUAAGCAUCUUUUAAAUAAUAAUAAUAAUAAUAAUAAUUAUUAUUAUUUUGUACUUUAAAUUAUUUAUUAAUUUUUAUCUAUGUGACUUUCAACGGAUGGGAAUUAUAGCUGUCUAGAAUAUCACGAGUGUCACGUCGCGCUUAAUUACUAUAUUGUUUGAUAGAAAAUGAAAAUGGAAUUUAAAAAAUUGAAGUACUCAAUUGUGGCUCUAUGACUGCAGCAUCUCUAAAUCAUGGUAACUAGGCAACAGCUAAAGGAUGUGAGACCAUCCAAACAUGAUGUUAUUUGAUGUUUUAGUUGAUAUUAAAUUCUGAACCAAAACUUUGUUGAUUAGCCAGAUUAAAAAAAAAACAAAAAAAAAAACUCUUGCUCUCUGCACAAAAUGCUCGAAAAUAUGCAUUCGUAGUUAUGUGAAACAUUGCACUCAUUCUUUUUGUUUUUUGGAAGACAUUAUUAUUAUUUAUUAUUUCAAUACUACAUGAAAAGUGUCUGAAAAUAUU